AUGGAGAAACUCGGUAUGAAUUUUGGAGGUGGCCCGAGUAAGAAAGAAUUGCAAGAUUUAGUGGAAACUCAGCGGAAGCAGUUGCUGCAGUACCAAACUCGACUAAAGGAUGUCGUGCGAGCAUACAAGAGUCUUUUGAAGGAGAAGGAAGCUUUGGAAGCCAGUCUUCAUGUUUUGUCUACUUCUCAGGAACCCAAACUACUGUCCUCAGAUGUUGAAGAGCCACAUGAUGACCAGCACUCUAUACACAGUGAAGACAGUGUGGAUACAGCAGGCAGUUUACCUAGUGCCAGGGGAGGAGAAACCAGUGAGGAUGAAAGGCCAGAAUCCACACAGCCUGUUGGUGGUACAGGUGCAGAAGAGGCAAGUGGUUCAGAGAGUGGGGUCAGCACAGCUAGUGGAGAAGGUGGGACGUCCACACCCGCAGAUACAGACCGAAGAAUGGUGCAACUUAAGAACCAGCUUGCCACUCUUACCAGUGCCUUGGCUACAGUUACACAAGAGAAAUCUCGCAUGGAGGCUUCCUACCAAGCAGACAAAAGAAAGGCAAAGCAAGAGAUGGAAGAAACAGUUCAGAGAAUGCAAGAAGAACGUGACCGCUUAGGGGAGGAGAUUCAGGGGUUACAAGCUCAGCUGGCUGAGACCAAGGCCAGGCUCAUAAGUCAGCAGCAUGACCGUGCGCAAGAGCAAGCAGACCACGCAGUAAUGCUAAAAGAGCUACAGCGGCUAGUGCAGGGAGAGCGAGACCAAAGACAGGAAGUAGAACUCCGUUUAGAAGAGGCACGGCAGGAGCUGGCAGGGAGAUCAGAGCUUGCAGUCAGGGCAGAGGCAGCGGAAGACCAAAGCAAAAGGCUACGUAAGGAAAUUGAAGAUUUGAGAAAGCAGCUGCAGGAGGCAAAAAGACAGAAAGCUGAACCUAACCCUGCAGUACAGGAGCUGCAGGAAGAGUUGUGUGCUGUGAAGAAAGAAAUGGAAGCUCUCUUGCAAGAGGAGAGGCAUAAGCGGCUGACAGAGGAGCAGCAUAACACACAGAGAUUCCUGCAAGAAGAACAAAGAAUACGUUCCCUUGAAUCUCAGGUGUCUGAGCUGUCUGCACUUUUGGGAGCAGCAGAAACAUCCAAACAAAGGGACCAAAUCACUGUUCGGAAACUACGAGAGCGUGUCAUUCAGCUGGAAACCGAAAAUAAAACUAUUGUUAUGGCUGCUUCACUGCCAACCCCUGCUGAAUCUCUUCUGAUAAAAUCCCCCAUGGCAGAAGACAAUAAUGACAAUCAAGAGGCCCAUGGAUCUGUUCUCUUUUACCAACAGGAACUCCAGCAGUUAAGAGAGGAGUUUGAGCGUUACAAAGCUCGAGCUCAGGGAGUGCUGAGGACCAAAGGGGCACGGGAAGGAGAGCUGGAGGCUGGAAAACAAAAAAUGGCAGAGUUAAAAGAAAAAUAUGUCUCCCUAAGAUUGGCAGUCGAGGAGACCGAGAACAAGCACAAAACAGAGAUGGAGGCUGCCCGGAAGGAGCUAGUACUGUUGGCUCAAACUCACCGACAGGAGCUUGAGCAUGUAAAAAAAGAGAGCAGAGAAAAUAUGGCACGAAUGGAAGAAGAACUGAGACAGCACAGAGAGAGGGUGUUAGCUGUGCUAGCAGAAAAAGAGCAGGAACUGGAGAAACUGAGAGAGACCAAGAUUCCAAAUGGCCUACCCCCACCAUCACUAGACCCUUUAGAUAAUGGUUUAGAGCUCCCAUCCAGCAGUUCCUCUGCUUUUCUUGUUUAUGUAGAACAGCUGUCCCGUAAAGAAGCUGAGAUUGGAAUCCUGAGGCGGAGAAAGCAUGAGCUGGAAGCUGAAAUACAAAGUAUGCUUGAACGGUUAGCAGAAAAAAGCGAGGAGAUGCAAACUUUGCGUGAACAGGUUGAAAAAGCUCUACGAGACAGAAGCAGAGAAGGGGCAAACAUGGAGUAUCUGAAAAAUGUGUUGUUGGGAUUUUUAACAAUGUCAGAUCCCUGUGGUAGACAACACACUUUAAGUGCACUUCUGACAGUCUUACACUUCUCCCCGGAGGAGCGAAAUGCAGCCAUAAGGGCCCAAGAUGGCAGUAGGUGGUGGGUAGGAGGAACGAGGUGA